ACUUGCUUCCAUGCUUUGUUCUCACGAUUCCUUCGUCUUCCGCUUUGUCCCCCAACCUCAAUAUUCUUCAUCGUAAAUACCAACCCAGUCUCACUCUGCUACAAUAACUUGAUUCUCAUUCUCGUAACAUCUUCAUCCUUAUCUUGUAUAUAUCCUCUUUCUGUCAAAGUAAACCAACAUGGGCUCUCAACCACCCCGCAUCCGCCUGGCCAUCCUCGAGGCCGAUACACCGCAGCCGCAGACCAACGCCGAAUACGGCGGCUACGGUGGCGUCUUCACGGCACUCCUGCGCACCGCCGCCUUGGCCAGCGAGCCGCCAGCGCCGCUCGACAGCAUUGUUGACCUCUCAGUAUACCACGCCGUCGGCGAUGAUGCCGUCUACCCAGACCUAGACUCCAUCGAUGCCAUCCUCAUCUCUGGGAGCAAGCACAACUCAUUUGAUAACGACCCGUGGAUCUUGAAGUUGGUUGAAUUCACCAAGAAGUGCAUCGACAGCGGGCGCGUAAGAGUUGUCGGAGUGUGCUUUGGCCACCAGAUUGUCGGACGGGCACUAGGUGCUGAGGUGAAGAGGAGUGACCUCGGCUGGGAGGUGGCUGUUGUGGAUGUCAACCUGACGCCCAAGGGCAAGGAGAUUUUCCAGUUGGAGAAGAUGCGCAUCCACCAAAUGCACCGCGAUGUCGUAACAGAGAACCCGGCGGGCGCCGAGUCUUUGGCAUACACGGAGCUGUGCCCCGUCCAGGGAUUCUACUCACCAAAGAAGUUCAUCACUGUCCAGGGUCACCCCGAGUUCACAGGUCCCAUCGUCAGUGAGAUUCUCAACGUUCGUCACAAGGCUGGCAUCUUUGACGAGGCAAUGUUUACCGAUGCCAUCAACCGCGCAAACAUUGAGCACGAUGGUGUCAACAUCGCCCGCGGUUUCCUGCGCUUCCUUAGAGAAUGAUACAUCGUCGUUCAUAGUACUUCACCCCAAUAGACCAGCGACUGUUUUGGAUACCAAUCUUACACUCCCCAAUUGCCAUGUUUUUGACCCAAGGCAUGCAGCAACUCUUGUGUGAUGCGCUCCUUCUCAACAUCGGUAUAUCAUGCUUGUCAUCCCUCGAACUACCUGCCUCGGGAAAAGUCAAGGUUCGGCAUUCGCCACUGUUGCUUGGUUCCUGCUUCUUCAGCUAGACAUCUUUCGGAAAGGAACACAUCAUAAGGCUCUCCUUCCUUGGUGGAUUGAAAUUCUCCUCGACUUCAACCCUCCACCAGUCUUUCUUUACACACUUCUUCAACUCAACGUCGGCGACAGAAUACAUCACACCGGGGCUGACUUUACCCUUC